GUGGCAGUGAUGUAUCCACAAGGAUAUAAGCUAACUAAAAACUCACUGAAGAAGAAGACACAUCUCAAAUCAGUUGCGAAGCUGCUGCCUGCAUCACCUGCCGACCGAGCCAGGAACAUACUAGCAGAACCGGAGAAAAAAUGGCGUUCACAUUCGCGGCCUUUUGUUACAUGCUCGCUCUGCUGCUCACGGCGGCGCUUAUCUUCUUUGCUAUCUGGCAUAUAAUAGCAUUUGAUGAGCUGAAGACUGAUUACAAGAAUCCUAUAGAUCAGUGUAAUACUUUAAAUCCGACAAUUGAAAAGGUCAAAAAGAUUAAAAGAGUCAAAAUUGCAAUAAAGCUGGUGCUUCCAGAGUAUCUCAUCCAUUUCUUCUUCUGUGUGAUGUUCUUUUGUGCGGCUGAGUGGCUCACCCUCAGUCUCAACUUACCACUGCUGGCUUAUCAUGUCUGGAGGUAUAUGAGCAGACCUGUGAUGAGCUGUCCAGGACUCUAUGAUCCAACCACCAUCAUGAAUGCUGACAUCCUGGCCUUCUGUCAAAAAGAAGGCUGGUGCAAACUGGCUUUCUACCUCCUGUCAUUCUUCUACUAUCUCUACGGGAUGAUUUAUGUUCUGGUGAGCUCCUAAAUCCUCCGGAUGAUAAAGGAAAAGGACUGACCAGAUACUAUGAUCUUAGUGCUGGAACACUGGACCUGCUGGAGACCAUAGAUCCAGCAACACAAGACGUCAUUUCAAGUGGACAAACUCUUGACCCCCCCCCCCCCCUCCCCCCUCCAAACACAGCGCCAUUUUGAAAACAUUUAGCCUCUUUUAAGAGAAUAUCUCGGUUGCAGCGUUCCUCUCAUAGCUCUAUAGUGAACAUUUUAUGGAAAAUGAGGAAACCCUGAACGGAAGUCCCCCCCCCCUUUUUUAUUUUUAAUGGUAUAGUGAUUUUGAUGCUUGGGAUUUAAAUAAAAAGAAUAAUUUAAUCUUUGUUCCCAACUUUUGAGUGUUUACAAAAUUAGGUAGACUUUUUUUCAGGUGUGCAUUAUCUGAGAAUCUGAGCUGUGUGCUGAACUGUAUUAGCUUUUCCUGUGAAUUACAUUCUGGGCUUUAACCGCUAACUUAUACCUGCAGUGGGAUUCAUCGUUAUGACUA